GGCCAGUCCAAGCUGGCUGGGUCUGUCUGAGCUGAUCGGAGUGGCCGACAUUUUUGCUGACUAGAGUCAUGCUAUCUUUGCCAGUUUGCUGGAAUAGACACAGACACGGAUUGGAUCACGCUGAAGACAUUCCUGUCUUGUGAAGCAAGUCUGUUUGUAUUUUAAGUUUGCCAGGACUAAUGAAUUAAAACAUUUGGACUCUCCAUAACUUGCUGUUUAUCAAUGCCCCUGACAGGAGGAGGGUUUUCUUUUGCUCUUGCUUUUUCUAGAAACAUGACAACAUCCUGGCUGUUGGAGAGGCAAGGAAAGGAGAGAGAGGGUUGUGGAGGGAAGCGGAACUCAGGUCCCAUGGGACACGGGGGUCUGGGGGCAGAGCAGGUAGCAGUGUGCAGCUCUGACAGCUGUCCCUGCCCCUCAGUGUCAGGAGCUGCUAUGCAGCAGGUGCAGCCUGGUCUCUCACUGAGUCUUUGCUCCACAAAGGCAACAACUAGCCAAGGCAGUGGCUGGCCCUGGAUUACACAAGUGCAGACACUCAACUAAGUGAGCUGGAAGACCCAGGAGAAGACCGGGCCUCAGGUGCCCACAUGAUUAGCACAGCCAGGGUACCUGCAGAUAAGCCAGUCCGCAUCGCCUUCAGCCUCAAUGACUCCUCAGAUGAUCCACCUCCUGAAGACUCCAUUCCUUUGGUCUUUCCAGAAUUAGACCAGCAGCUGCAGCCGCUACCGCCCUGUCAUGACUCCGUGGAAUCCAUGCAGGUGUUCAAGCAGCACUGCCAAAUCGCAGAGGAGUACCAUGAAGUCAAGAAAGAAAUUGCCCUCCUGGAGGAAAGGAAAAAGGAGCUCAUCGCCAAGCUGGACCAGGCAGAAAGAGAGAAGGUGGAUGCUGCCCAACUGGUUCAGGAAUUUGAGGCUCUGACGGAGGAGAACCGGACACUGAAGUUGGCCCAGUCACAAUGUGUGGAACAGCUGGAAAAACUUAGAAUACAGUAUCAGAAGAGGCAGGGCUCAUCCUAACUUGAAAUGAUUAAAUGUAAGUGUAAGACAGUGGUGAUUGCUAUAUACUGGCUGAAAGAAUUUAUUUUAAAGGGAUGGCCAGUAAAACCUAUUGUUUCUCAUUAUUACCCACAUAGCAAAUGUCUAUAAUAUAUGUAAUCUUCUUUAGGAACAUGUGAUCACAAUAUACAUUAGGGUGGAGAAUGAUAAAAAUAAAGUAUCGAUUGACCCCCUCUAAGAAUCAUGAGCCAUGAAACAAACCAGUGAGAUUCUCAUUGUAGCUGCACAUCUGUGCACGGAUAAACUUCAUGCCUUUGACAUUUCAAGUCUGCUCAAAUAUAAACCGUUGCUAUUUCUCUGCAUGUAUUUAUGUUCACUAGAGUCACAUGUAAGCCUUCCAUGAUUGAUUGUCCUAAGAAUAAAUGGUUGAAGACUAUAAAAGCUUUCUCACGAAAAUAUUAGCAAGAAAUCAUGCUUGUGCCAAAAUUUCAUUCUCCCGUGCUGACUUUCUGUUGCAAUAAAGACACAGAAAACUC